AUGUUGUACAUCCUAUUCGACAUGCUAGCUUACAUGUUGAGCAGAUCUCAGCCCAUGCCAGAAACACGCCCUGAUGCUCAAACGUCACCGACAACACGAUGCCGCUUCCUAGAGCUGCCUGCCGAGUUGCGCAACCACAUCUAUUGCUUCGUAGCAAACGGACACCUCAUGGAUGAUCUGUGGAACAACCAGCCAGGCUUGCUACACAUGCGGAAUCGGCAGAUCCGCGAAGAAUUUGCUGAUAUCUGGUACAACAAAAUCAUGGUAGCUCAGUACUACGACCUCAAAGAGUCUGCGUGGAAAGAAGCGCCGGAUGGCAUUGUGAAAAUCGUGCUCGACAGUCAACAAGAUGGAGGCGAUGGAGUCUGGAUUGAUGGUAGUCGUGGUGAGCAGGCGUGCAGAGGCGUCUUCAGCGACAGACUCAAGACCCGUCAAGAUAGUGUAGAGCAGGCGCAGGCAGAUGCGGAAUUUGACCGCGAUUGGAAUGGCGAAUACCCUGUCAGCUAUCUCGCCAACAUCGUACUCGAACUCAAUGGUCGAGGUUGGAACGGAGGCAUCAACUGCACAAACGCUCAAAUUAAUGCAGCUAUGAUUUCGGGAGAGAAGCAGCGGACAUUGAAGAAGUGGUUUAUCGAGAACAAGCUGACCUGA